ACACACACACACACACACAAACAUAGGGCGGCACUCAGGCUUUUCCGUUGGCUUUUACCCUCCAAAGCUAUAAUUUGGGAAGAGGUCGUGGGGGUAUCUUUGUGGAUAAGCAAAACUGGAUUAAAAUCAAGAUCUCUGCUCUUAUCAAUCCAAUGGAAUCUAUAUGCUAAACCUCUGUGUUCUCAAAUCAUCAACAUGGAACUUAUUACCCGAGGGGAUCCAGCUGCCAAAAGGGGGGAAAAAUCAAGAGCUGCUCUUAAAAGAAGUUGCCCUUGCUGGUGCUCAGGGUAAAAAUAGAGGCGGCCGCUUGGAACGGCUUGGCCCUGACUCCAGGCAUCCCGCGAGCUGGGCUCGAGCAGCGCGUUCCGGCGUGAUCCCUGGAAGCUGCCAGCAGGUGUUGCUCAAGUGCCAAUACCAUGAAGAGGAACUCAGACAGCUCUUACCACAUGAUACAAGAGCCGGCUGGUGAGAGAGAAGGGACCAGAAAGAGAAUUUGCUGAAGAGGAGAAGGAAAAAAAAAAAAAUCCAAAAAACCUGUGCGUGAGGGGGGAGGAAAAACAGGGCCUUUAAAAAAAAAAAGGCAAUCACAACAACUUUUCCUGCCAGGAUGCCCUUGCUUUGGCUGAGAGGAUUUCUGUGGGCAAGUUGCUGGAUUAUAGUGAGGAGUUCCCCCACCCCAGGAUCCGAGGGGCACAGCGCAGCCCCCGACUGUCCGUCCUGUGCGCUGGCCACCCUCCCAAAGGAUGUACCCAACUCUCAGCCAGAGAUGGUGGAGGCCGUAAAGAAGCACAUUUUAAACAUGCUGCAUUUGAAGAAGAGACCCGAUGUCACCCAGCCGGUGCCCAAGGCGGCGCUUCUGAACGCGAUCAGAAAGCUUCAUGUGGGCAAAGUGGGGGAGAACGGGUAUGUGGAGAUUGAGGACGACAUUGGAAGGAGGGCAGAAAUGAAUGAACUUAUGGAGCAGACUUCGGAGAUCAUCACGUUUGCGGAAUCAGGCACAGCCAGGAAGACUCUGCACUUUGAGAUUUCCAAGGAAGGCAGCGACCUGUCUGUGGUGGAGCGUGCGGAAAUCUGGCUCUUCCUGAAAGUCCCCAAGGCCAACAGAACCAGGAGCAAAGUCACCAUCCGCCUCUUUCAGCAGCAGAAGCACCCACAGGGCAGCUUGGACACGGGGGAUGAGGCCGAGGAAGUAGGCUUAAAGGGGGAGAGGAGUGAACUGUUGCUAUCUGAGAAGGUGGUGGAUGCUCGGAAGAGCACCUGGCACAUCUUUCCUGUCUCCAGCAGCAUCCAGCGAUUGCUGGACCAGGGCAAGAGCUCCCUGGAUGUGCGGAUUGCCUGUGAGCAGUGCCAGGAGAGCGGCGCCAGCCUGGUGCUCCUGGGCAAGAAGAAGAAGAAAGAAGAGGACGGGGAUGGGAAGAAGAAGGAUGGAGGUGAAGGAGCAGCAGAUGAGGAGAAGGAGCAGUCACACAGACCUUUCCUCAUGCUGCAGGCUCGGCAGUCAGAAGACCACCCUCACCGCCGGCGAAGGCGGGGCCUGGAGUGUGACGGCAAGGUCAACAUCUGCUGUAAGAAACAGUUCUUUGUCAGCUUCAAGGACAUUGGCUGGAAUGACUGGAUCAUCGCUCCCUCGGGCUAUCAUGCCAACUACUGCGAGGGUGAGUGCCCGAGCCACAUAGCAGGCACGUCGGGGUCCUCACUGUCCUUUCACUCGACAGUCAUCAACCACUACCGCAUGCGGGGUCACAGCCCCUUUGCCAACCUCAAGUCUUGCUGUGUGCCCACCAAGCUGAGACCCAUGUCCAUGCUGUACUAUGACGAUGGGCAAAACAUCAUCAAAAAGGACAUUCAGAACAUGAUCGUGGAGGAGUGUGGGUGUUCCUAGAGUCACCCACCCUGGGGCGGGGGGGGGAAAGGGAACUAGGGUUGUCCAGAGAAGACAGUGGCAAAAUGAAGAAAAAAAAAUUUAAGGUUUCUGAGUUUAACAACCAGAAAAAAAUAGAAAUUAAAAAACAAACAAAAAAACAAAAAACAAAAAAAAAAUGAACAAAAAAAAAGAGACAAAAACUAAAAACAUGAUGAAAUAGAUGAAGGAGGAUGUGGGGAAAAAAAAAAAAAAUCCUUAGCCAGGGCUCAGAGAUGAAGCAGUGAAGGAGACAGGAAUUGGGAGGGAAAGGGAGAAGGGUGUACCCUUCAUUUCUUCUGAAAUCAAACUGAUGACCUCAGUUGUUUAACCGGGUAUUGUCCUCUCCCCCCCUUGCGGUUCCCCUGUGAGCUCCAAGUCACCUUGUCUAGUCUGCAGUAACUGUGGACUAGCAUGACCCAAAUUAUGUCUAGAAAGCCAUGAGUUUGGAAGGGCCAGUCCCACCCAGCUACCCAGGUCACAUGCAUGUCUGUGUGACACUAUGUCUGCAUAUGUCACCAGACAUGCCCACACAGGCGUUUCCACACACCACAUACACACACAUACCAGUAAAAGAACAGGCGUGUGCAGGUGGUCACACUUUCUUUUUCUGUACCACUUUCGCAACAAGACAAAACAAAACAAAAAAACCAACAUUAAAAAAAAAAAUUGAGAACAAGAAUGGGAAGAAUGAAAGAUCAAGGAAAAAAGAAUACCAAGUUACAUUUCGUUAAGGUGCUUAUGAUCUUAGAACUAUGCAACCUAAUAGGUUUGAAACUGUUUACCUGAGAGAGAACAAAAAGAGAGACUUUUUUGUAUCGGAAGUAACCUGAUUAAUUUUUAUUUUCUUCAAGGAGAGAUACUUGAAAGGAAUAUGUUUGUCCAUCUGUUGGAUCCAAACAUUUCUAUAUUUUGUAAAUGUUGUUUUUUUUUUUUUAUUGUUUACUAUUUGCACUACAAUGGUGUUUGACCUGUCUAAUCCUUAUUUAACAAGUAUUUUCUUUGGGUGGGGGUGGGGGUGGGGUUUAAGAGCUGCACUUAAUGUGAGCUAUAAAAGAACUGCUACAGCACACAAAAUAGCUAUUUUUAUUAUUAUAAUUAUAAUUAUUAUUAUUAUUUUGUACCUUAAAAAAAUAGACACAUACACCAAAGACAUUUGUGUGAGCCUUUAAACAGUCUGUCUGUGGUUGGUAUCAUUUACCAUCAAUGAGUCAGGGGUUGAGAUUCAAGGUUGAGUAAGGGGGGAUUGUGUUCAGGCUUAAAAGCCCUGAGAAGUUUGGUUUUUGACUCCUUUUACAUCCAUGAAACAGGACAUUUCAUACUGGAUGUGCAGUAGUUGUACACUGUUGGAUAUCAAGUUCAAAUUCAUGAGACUACAUGCUUGUAUGUGUAUAUAUACAUUGCUUGUGCAUACGCAUAUCUGUAUGUAUAUAUACAUGUAUUGUACCAUGUCCAUACACAUUUUAAGCACUUCAGGCUGUCAUUUUUUAAUGUUCUUAAAGCAAUGAAUGUUUGUGUGCAAAACACAGUAUUUUUAAGAAGGAUAGGCUAUAGUUUUUGCUUUUACUCUGAACUAGGUGGGCACAUUUCAAAAAUUUGGUUGGGAAAAAGUCUGGAAAUUCCAGUGAAUAUUCAGCAAGGCCCUCUUUAAAUGUACAGGGAUCAAACUCCCUCCUCUUUCUUGUCCCCACCACCCCUACAAGUUAUCCCCUGUGGGGAAAACAGGAUAUUAAUCAAAACUGUAGGUUAAUUUUUUUUCAAUUUCUAUUUAUUAUCUAUUGGAAUCAAUCUUAAAUCAGAAACUUUUUCGGAAAAAAAAUUAAUCUGUAGACCAGAAUAAAAGAGUUGAGUACAUUUUUUUUUUAAUGGUGUAGGCCUGAUUUUGAGAGAUAUUACUUGCACCCACUAGAUUAAGUAAUGUUAGUACUUAAGUAAUUUGGAGGAAGAUGUAUAAGAGAAUGGGAGUUAAGGAAGAGAAGGGUUAAAAAAAAAAGUUGGGAUAAGGGCAGCAGUAUGAAUUUCUAAUAUUUAAUUUGCAUUCAAAACUCGAUAUGUAAGUUUGUAUGUAUCAAUUCAGAUGCAAAAAGGGAAAAAUAUUUGUCUUAUAAAUCUCAAAGUAUUGCUUAAAGCUAAGUUUCUAAUUUAUUCAGUAUUUUGCUUGCCUAGAACAGCUAAUAAGUCAUUCAUUUAUGUGCUGAUGAAAAUACAGAGCCUUCUUUUUACUGACUUGUUUGAAACUGCAAACAUUUGCAAAAAUCGGAAAAAUUUCUAAUUGAGAAAAAUUACAUUCAUCAGUAUUUUGUAAGAUGUUGAAGCUUUUAGCCUUAUGUCAAUCCAUAGAUUUUUAAAAAAGGAGUUUUAGGAAAACGAAAUAUCAGUGAGAAACCAAAUAUUACAAAAGGUGGUUUAUCUUGUCUUAAAAAUUAUACUGUCAGUAUAGUAUAAAAUUAGGCUAUGUGUAGGAAAAUUUGCCUCAUUACUGGGGCAAAUAUACUUACCACAUUCUAGGGGCCUGCCUGUCUUAUGCAGGAAAGAACAUGUACUGCAUGAGAAACUCAUUAGUGGAUUCUAAUUAAGGUCCUUUGACCUUAGAUAUCAUGCAUGUGGGGAAGGUAGGUAUGGGGAGGGAAGUUAGGGAAAGAAGUAGAUGGCAUUUCAACUUCACCAGUUUUUAUGAAAAUCUUGGAGGGCCUCAAACUGCUGCUUCUUUGGUACUGGAACUAAUACUGGAACCUGUGGUCACAGUGUGAGGAAAUAAGUCCUACUUCACCUUGUGCUAAGAGAUGGUCAAGGCCACAGGAAAGAACAGGCACUUGCAAAGGCAGCCAUGUGGGGUUCCCAUUCAUCUCAAAUGAAUUUGCCAUUUCGUUAAGUCCUUCCUUUCUCUCCUAGUGGUAAGAGGGGUUUGAUUAGUGCCAUAGCAAUAUAAAACUGAGUGAAAUGAAAUUCCAUAUGACGAUAUUUGGAUUAGAAAUUAAAUGAUAGGUUGGUCACACACCCACAAACUUUAACCCUGUUUCAUUAAAUUUUUAUGGCCUUGUGUUAGAAUUAUGAAUUGCUACCAUCUUUAAUAAUACAAAGCCCUGUGAACCACUGCUCUUUACAUAGCUAUAUGGGGCCAAAAUGAUCAGCUUUUAAUUCCUGUCAUAUUGGGUUCUUGGCAGUAGGUUUUACCUUAUAGAAGGGUGGCCGUGUUGUAUCCCACUAUCUCUCUACUCCUUCUCUAGGGCUGAUAUCUAGGCUCCUAAAUAUUUGCCCACACUAAUUCUAGAAGCUUGGAAAAGCACUUGCCCUCAGUAUAUCUCUUAAAGAAAAAAUAAGUAUUUUGUAGACUGAAUUGAAAUUUUCUUUUUUUUUUCCAAAAAAGUAAAGUGAAUUCUAGCACACCGAGUUGUGAUUUUCUUGUCUCAGAAGACCAACAAAUUUCACAUAUGUUUAAGAUUGAUUCCACACUCCAUUUUCAAGGCAAGUCCUUGCAUUCUCCUCAAAGGUAGAGCAAGUAAAAUUUUUUUUCUGCUCUUGUGGGAUUGAACUUUAGGAGGUGACUCUAAAAAAAAACAGAGCAAAUAUGUCUCAGUUGUAUUAAACAUAGAUUCAAAUUAUCAUGUUCCCUUGAAAAUAUGAGUUCCUGUGGGCCUUUUGGCAACUUCCCUUUUCAAUGUAGAGAAAAACUUAGUCACCCUGAAAACCUACAUAAUAAAUGAAACUUGUAGAUGUGGGCAGAAGGUUUGGGGGUGGACAUUGUAUGUGUUUAAAUUAAACCCUGUAUUACGGAGAAGCUAUUGUAUGGGUCAGAGAAAAUGAAUGCUAAGAAGCUGUUCACAUCUUCAAGAGCAGAAGCAAACCACAUGUCUCAGCUAUAUUAUUAUUUAUUUUUAUGCAUAAAGUGAAUCAUUUCUUCUGUAUUAAUUUUCAAUGGGUUUUACCCUCUAUUUAAAUGCUUUGAAAAACAGUGCAUUGACAAUGGGUUGAUAUUUUUCUUUAAAAGAAAAAUAUAAUUAUGAAAGCCAAGAUAAUCUGAAGCCUGUUUUGUUUUAAAACUUUAUGUUCUGUGGUUGAUGUUUGUUUGUUUGUUUUUAUUUUUAUUUUGUGGGUCCUUUAUUAUUAUUAUUAUUUUUUUUUUUGCAUACUACAUGCAGUUCUUUAACCAAUGUCUGUUUGGCUAAUGUAAUUAAAGUUGUUAAUUUAUAUGAGUGCAUUUCAACUAUGUCAAUGGUUUCUUAAUAUUUAUUGUGUAGAAGUACUGGUAAUUUUUUUAUUUACAAUAUGUUUAAAGAGAUAACAGUUUGAUAUGUUUUCAUGUGUUUAUAGCAGAAGUUAUUUAUUUCUAUGGCAUUCCAGCGGAUAUUUUGGUGUUUGCGAGGCAUGCAGUCAAUAUUUUGUACAGUUAGUGGACAGUAUUCAGCAACGCCUGAUAGCUUCUUUGGCCUUAUGUUAAAUAAAAAGAUCUGUUUGGGA